AUGACUAGCAGACCAUCUACCAACGGAAGCAAUACUUCUGCUGCAGAUGGAGGCAAAGGCAAGACUCCUGAUCGUCUGCCAUUGCUUCCUAAAACUAUCCAAGACUUACCUCCAAAUUCUUCCACCGAAGAAACACCGACGGCUGAUCUUUACGGGUUUUCCUAUGUUAAUAAUAAUCUCUCCACACCAGUUUCGCCCAAACAACUUUCAGAAACCGAUCACGUGGGCGAUGGCCUGAUACCAGGACCAGCCCAUGAUGAAAGCACCCCGUUACUUUCGGCAUCAACAUUACCGGCCCCUCGUUCGGGUCUCCAUUCGUUCCCUCCAGCGUUUGGUCAGAGUGGCUCGCAGUCGCAGGACCAUCAGGAUCCCAAUGCGUCACACAAUUUUUGGGACCUUCUGUGCCACUGUAUCGAGUCCCUUACCAAUGCCGGCACGCUGGGCGUUGUCGGCGCUGUUAUUGUACUGAUUGUAUUUAUCACAACAUGCUCAUCGAUUAUUCCUGGAGUGCCAUGGGCAGGCAAUGGUAAUACUGGCGGAAUUGCAGGGUCCAUUCAAGGGUUUGAGGACCGCUUUGCACAGGCUUUACAAAAAUCUGCAUCAGCCAACCUCACCCGAAUUGCACUGGGGGGCGUCUCAGAUUCUCAGAUUACAGUCUAUGUGGGAGCCCAAGUUAGUUUUGAUUACACGCGGGCCGAGGACGCUACUGCUGCCUGGCUGCUACGUGCGGCUGGCGGUACCUUGGGGUCGAUAUCUGUGGCGGAGUCUGCAGCCCAAGUUUAUGUGAAGCAGGAGGAAGAUAACAAUGAAGAAGAUAAUGAUCCAUAUAAGCUUGCAUUUGUUGCUCAUGCUCCACCGAUUGAUCAAUUUUAUCUUCAAGAAGGCAUCAUUACUAACCUUUCAAUGGGCAUCAACCUGACGUCGUUUGACCGGCCUGGGUUGCUGACAGAUAUAGCUAAGCGAUUGCUUUUAGGAGACCCGAUACCUGUAAGAUUGACGACGGUGAUUACCCUGCAUAAGUGGUUUAUCCCCUUUGGGUCGUAUCCCGUGACGAUUGAAGCCAUUAUUAACGAAAAGAAAAAUAGCGCGUUUAAGGAUCUUGAUAAGAUGAAGCUUGCCGAACUUGAGAUUCAAAACCCCCCCGGCGCAAAAUCACUCGACUUUGCAGCACGGCUACGGGCCGACUUUAAACCCCCGAUUUCCGCUCACGUUCCGCAAAUCAACUGGGACCUGGCGAUUCCUGGUUGCAACUAUCCUGAGCGCCAGCACGAUGUUGUGACAAUCACAAGCGUGCACAACUUGCCAGUAGAUGUGAGUCCGCGCCGGGCGCUGGAGCUUAAAGUUGCAGCCGCGAUAAAGGCUAUUUCUGAUAAGAUUAGCGAGAUUUGUCCAGGGACUGGACAUUCUGUGCUUGAUAAGUUGUUACAGGGAUAUCUUGCAGGGGAAAGUACCCAUUUAGUUGUUAAAGGAUCUUGUGAUCAGUCUGCAGCUUUGCCUUGGUGGAUGGCUGAGGUACUACAGUUUGUGCAGGUACCUAUUCCUAUUCCUAAGAAGGGUGAUGAUGGCGACAACACCAAAUUGGUGGAGGAGAUUGCGUUUUCAUCAAUGAAGAUUCAGUUCCCACCUCCACGGUCACCUUUUGACCGAGAGCCCGCCCGACCUACGGUUCCACCCAAGAUUUCAGGACAUGUUGCGGUGACGAUUGAUCCGCCGAAAAUUUUGAACUUGACUGAAGAUAUUGGUCUUGGAGUGGAUAAGAUUCGCGGGCAGGCGAAUUUGAUUUCGACAGAAACCGGGGUGCUGUUUGCCAAACUGAAUAUAUCUGAAUGGGUAGCGAGCACGACAUGGGCCAAGAAGAGUGAUCCACGGCGGAUUCCCGAGGAUAUUGGAGGAGGAAGAAAAGAAGGAGAAGAAGGAGAAGAUGAGGAGAAUGAUUUAAUUGAGUAUGUGAUUGAGUUUGACUUGACGGCAGUGCCGUUGACUGUUGUGGACGAAAAGACUUUGUCUGGGAUUGCGACGCAAUUUGUGAUGCGAGGAGAAGCUGCUGUGACGUUUGAUGCUGUAGUGGACGUUCAUUUAACCACUCCUGUGGGGGCCUUUGGAUUGAAUCAAAUUCCUGUUCAUGGAGAUACCAUUAUGAGGACGUAA